AUGGUGUCAGGGCGAUACACGGACCGGAACUAUUCAGCACGGAAGCGGGAUGGUCCUUCACCAGCGAGGGAUGCGAGGAGUCGCGUGGUCGGCUUGUUCACGUCGAGGUUAGUCGUGACGUUGACCGGUCUCCGAGGCGCGAUGCUGGUCGAGAUCCGAUCACGGGCCCUUGCGACGUACGACAAGGCCCUUCGGCGUUAUAUCUUCCUUGCUGAUGUGUACCUCUUUUGCUCUCUUCGAACAGAACGAUGAUCGCUCUGAUAUCCGUCAUCGUUACGGUCACAUACAUGAACGCGUCCGGAUUCGUCGAGCAACGCGCAGCGCGAGGGGCCGCAAUCGGGGCGUCGAACAGCUACAGCUACCACGACUUGACGCCCGUUCACGCGUCGCCGAGGGGACAUCUGGCAAAUCAGAAGGUGCUCAUUCUGACCCCGCUCAAGGACGCGGCAGAAUGGAUCGACGAGUACUUUGAGAAUCUGAAUAGGUCCGUGCGAGUGUCGUGCCAAGCCUGUCUAGUUCGAUUCGGGAGAGAACGUGAUGAGGUGGGAAUGCGAGCUGACGCGCAUCAACUUUAUUCCAACCCACCAGAAUCAAAUAUCCAAAAGAGCUCAUCUCAUUGGCGUUCCUUGUCAGCGACACGACCGACGGCACCAUCACCAAACUCCGAAGACGAGCCGAAAGGCUGAGUCGCAUGCCUUCGAACGAACGCUACGAUUCGAUCCAGAUCCUCCAAAAAGACUUUCACUUCAACCUCGCGUCCGAGGUGCGACACGGAUUCGAAGGACAACCCGUACGAAGGGCGUUCAUUGCGCGAGCGAGAAAUUAUCUCCUCACUUCGGCACUGAGACCGGAUCAUGCUUGGGUGUUAUGGUUGGAUGUCGAUGUCGUGCGUUACGAUCCCGAUAUUUUGAUGGAUCUGAUGGGCUUAAACAAGGAUAUUGUGGUACCAAACACAUUGUGGCAUUUCAACUCGUGGGAUUUCUGGGUACGUACCUGGGUUUCUUUUUCGCGCAGUCCGAGCCUGAUUUUUGUGAGCUAAUGUUAUUCUUGAUGGGGAUGGCAGGGUUUCGACCGAAACAAUUUCGCCGAGACCGAGGCGUCGUUGGAGUUGCUCAAGGACAUUGGGCCGGACGUGAUGCUGGUGGAAGGGUACCGGGAAUUGAUGACCAAACGACAACACCUUGUCGACAUGCCAACGCAUCUUGGAUUGGCCCACGUCCCGCUCGAUGGGAUAGGGUGUACUUUCACGCUUGUCAAGGCGAACGUACAUCGGGAAGGGGUCGUGUUCCCAACUUAUGUCUUUGAGAAUGAGGUGCGUGAAGGAUGGGAAAGAGUCUCAGUGCGCAAUCGGACUGACAAAACCCUUGCACGGUGAUGUUCACGCAGAUCGAAACAGAAGGUUUAGCCAAGAUGGCGAAGAAGGCUGGAUUCGAGGUGGUCGGUGUACCGGGUCUGGUCGUGUUCCACGCUCGCAACCAUUAG